CUUCCCACUUGCUGUCGGGUCCCCCUCGGGUUUGAUUGGUUCCCAUGAGAUCCCUUGAGUUGAGACUUGGCAAAUUACAUCCUUUCCUGCUUCUCUCAGCUACCUGCCCCUCCCCUCCCCUCCCCUCCCCUCCCUCAUCUAACCAUAGGAUAGGGGGGAGUUUCAUUCCAUUCUGAUGUCUCGUUUAUUUCGUUGUUUGUCUGUUGAGUGAGUGAGUGAGUGAGUGAGUGAGUUUGGGUCUUCGGGUUUAAGGGGCUGCUGGGUUGUGGCUCUUUUCUAGAGUGUAAAGGGUUCACAGUGGACCACCCGAAGCUCACAAUCAAGAAAAGGUUGAAUCUUGAGCUGCCAAUCAGAAAGAUUCAGAUAGCGAGAAAAGUUUGAACCUUGAAAGGUCAGUUCUUGCUCCUUCAAGUUCGGGACUAUUAGAUGCCCAUUUUGAUUUUUGGCUUCGUUGGAGCAAGUUUUGCAGAAAGAUUAGCUAGUUUCGAUUGGUGGCCUCGAUCGUGGAAGGCGAAGUUACUUACAGAUACAAUGCCAAGUAAUCUUUUGUACAUUAUCUUGUAAGAAGCUCGCUUGAAUUCCGAGGGUCUGUGCGGGUCGAGAAGCUAUUAGGGUUCAUAAGCCUGUCCCAAUUGAGCGGCCUAGGGAUGUUUGAUGGAGGCCUGGCUUUCUCCAUGCUGAACUACCCUCCUUGUAAAUUAAUUUUCGCAGAUAAUCCUCAUAGGGUAGUCUCUAAUAGGGCAAGGCUUAAUCCCGUUCAAGCGAUUCCACCAUCUUCGGUUAUAUUACAUACUGAUGAGAGUGAUAAUCUUCCCGAAGCUAAGAAGAGGUCCGGCCCCGGCUCAGCGUCGAAGAGCUGUGAUGCCACUGGUAAUUCCUUGCUCAGUCAAUCAAACACUAUCGGCAUAAUUGGAGGAGCAUCUGUUGAUUCGACACUGAGCUUCGUGCAGAAACUAACACAGAGGAGCUCGAAAGAUGGAGAAUGUAGCCUGCCCUUUGUACUUUGCUCCGAUCCCGUGUUGAGCAAGGAGCUCUUAUUGCAUGAGAUCAGAUCCUUUCCUUUGAUCAGUACUAGUAGACCUGAAAGACCCAACUCCGAUCCUAAACUGGUUGUGGAGACCCUUACAAGUAAACAGGCAUUUCUUGAAAAAUCGGGGGCUCGGUGUAUCGUAAUGCCAUGUCAUAUUUCGCAUUCUUGGCAUAAUGAAGUAAGCGAGGGAAGUUCAGUUCCUUUUCUUCACAUGGCUGAUUGUGUUGCGAAGGAGCUUAAGGACACAAAGAUGAAGCCCCUUGAGGCUGGGAGUCCUCUGAGGAUCGGUUUGCUUGCAACAGAUGCUAUUCUGUCUGCUGGAUUUUACCAGGAGAAACUGCAGAAUGAGGGAUUCGAGGUUGUCCUGCCUGACAAGGCGACCAUGGAACACACAGUGAUUCCAGCAAUUGAAGCAUCAAUCAGAAAAGACAUGGAGGGGGCUCAGAACCUUCUCAGGAUCGCCCUUCAGGUCCUUCUCGUCAGAGCUGUAAACACAGUGAUCCUCGCAUCCGAUGAUAUGAGAGACCUACUGCCCCCAGACGACCCUCUUCUCAAGAAGUGCUUUGAUCCUAUGGAUUCCUUGGUGAGAUCAACUAUCGAGUGGGCAAAAUCUGCCGAGAAAAGUUCUUGAAAAUGGCAGAGAAAUGUAUGUUUGGAAGAAGCAUUAUUAUAGAUUUUGUUUGUCGAUUGGUAUUGCCAAAUGGACGAACAUAUCAUUAGUUAGUGAUUUGAUCGUGCCAAUUAUUGGAAAUUGCUCAUCACAGAACAUAUGAUAUUCACCUGUAACUGUAAGCAGAUUGUUUUUCCUCUUUCUUACUGCAAUCUGCGAAAUAUUGGAAUCAAACAAAUGCUAGCUACUUCUGCCACAGUA